ACGAGUUUCGUGAGCAUUUUCCCAUAAAAGCACAUGCCUUUCCUACCUUUGUUGCGCUUUUCCACCAAAAUGUAUGCCAUUUGUUUUUGUAUGGCUAGUUAGUGCAUGGUCUCUAGAGCAUGCAGCUUGAACCUCGGGUCCAAGAUCCAAAUGGUUUGGGAGCGACGGCGUUUCAACUUUUGCCCCAAGAUGCCCUAGAUGUUGAUGCCAGAUGUCGUCGGGAGCGCGAUGGCCGGGUAUGGUGUUAGAGUACCAGAAUCCAUCUGGGGUAAACUCGGGGUCAAGAUCCGGCGGGUGCGUCCAGGCGGCGAACGACACGAUGCCAUCGCUAUCGGCAGUACCGCGGUCGGGGACAAAAUCCAACACGAAGACACCCGAUUUCAGGAGAGCGCGACCGAUGAAGAGGCCGCCCUUCCCGUGGUAAAGACGAAAUUCGUUGGCGUCCGAGUCGCAUUCCAGGUUCUCGUUGUUGGCGACGGUAAUGAUGACAU